CCAUUUGUGCACCGUUGUUGUCUCUCUUUUACCUAAUCACCACCAGCGAACCGCCUCUCUCUCUCUCUCUCUCUCUUUCUCUAUAAAAAAAAAAAAAAGCCUUUUUCAGUUUCUCUCUCUAGGAUUUUAAAAAUGGGAAGAUGAGUUCUUAUGUUCGCUGAGAAAGAUUUUGAGGUUCACAAAUAGAGUUUUGCUUAUUCUGGUGGAUUUUUUCAAUUGGCUCAACAAGCAAAGUUUGCUGAUUAGGAAAAAAAGAAAGAAAGACAAGGGCUGUUUGUAAUUGCUCAAAAUGGAGACGGGUAUGGAUUUCUUCAGUUGGCUUGAUUAUGACACUGUGAUGAGGAUCCUCAUGUGUUUGGAGGAUCCAUCAGAUCUUGUUCGUGUUAGUUCUGUUUCACGUUCUUGGCGACAUUUUGUGAUUGCAAAUGGUCUUUGUAAGCAGCUGUGCUUAAGGAUGUUUCCUUGCUUGCAUAGUGUAGAUCAUGUCACUGAGCCAGAUUCUAUGAAAAAUCCUUUGGGAAUUGGAUGCAGCAAAUCAAUGGAAUGGGAAACACUGGAGAGGGAGCAUAGAGUUUUUGCCUUUUUAGCUAGAGGUUGUACAUCCUUUGCUCUCAAAGAGUGUAUUUCAGAAGCAAUAAGUGCUUCUAGCACUGAUAAUUAUCCAGGGGAAAGUAUUCACAAUACUCUAGAACCAAGAGACAGAAUUGCAAGGAGAGCUUCAUACUGGUCAAGUAAAGGACAAAGUAAUCCUGCAGUGCCCGAGACACUUAUAUAUAAGCUUGUUGCUGAUAUUUGUCUAAUCACUGAAAUCAGUGUACAUCCUUUUCAAGCUUUUUUCCAGCCGGGUACACCUAUAUAUUCUGCCAAUUCAGUGCGCUUUCGAAUGGGUCAUCUUAAAGCCCCAGAGGAUGAUCCCAUGAGUGAGCCAUGUGAUAAUUGUGCUGAUGACGUCGUAUGGACUUACACUUCACCGGAAUUUGCAAUGGCUCAGGAGAAUCGUUUGCAGAAGUUUGAGCUUCCAGAACCUGUCCUUUGCAUUGGUGGAAUUUUGCAAGUUGAGCUGUUGGGUCGGGUUCAGAAACAAGAAAUGGAUGGCUUAUUCUAUAUAUGCGUCUCUCAUGUUCAAGUACUGGGCAGACCAUUAUCUCCUGCCUUUACGUUUGAAAUACUUGAACGCUCUGGGAAGUUUGUGUUGAAAACACAGAGUUAUGCACGACCAAGUUCACCUGAAAAGACAUUCUGCCCGUUGCCUAAUGUGGACUUGGAGGAGCGUGUGAGAGAUCUAGAGCAGAUAGUGAAUUUGCUGCGGGGACAAGGGGUGGUUGUCGAGUAUGAUUGGAAUGAAGAGGAUGAAUUAGAUGAAGACAUGGCUGUCUGAGCCUAUUUACUAGAAUAAGUUGUAAUCCUUCUGGUUUUUUGUUUGGACUGAAUAAAGAAAUUGGCCUGUGGACCUCUCAAGUGAAUGAAUAUUCGGUAACCUAUGUGAUAGAAUUAUCACUUCCGUUCUUUUC